AUGGAUCUAUACACAAUUCCAAGUAAGAAACUUAAUAGAACAUCUAGGAAUUGGAAUCAAACAUAAUAAGACUUUUAAAUCUUGGGGAAAGCAUCUCCUAUAACUAAGAAAUAAAGGGAUUAAACUAUUUACUCCAAUAAAUAUCCAACAUAAGAUGAAAGAAAAAGCAAAGAAUAAGGAAUACUCUGUGAAUUGUUUGAAAAUAUUCACAUAAACUAAACAUUCAUUUGUAAAAGUCAACAUAAUAGUUAUGAUCAUAAUCAAACAAGAUUGUUUACUCCAGAGGCAAGAGUUUUAAAAAAAAGAAAAAAUGGUAAGGCUGUAUUUUAACCAAUUCCUCGAUUAUGUUCAAUAUAAAGAACGUAUGAUUCACCUCCUGCAUUAAAUAUUACAUCCUAUAUGUAUAGAAAAUAACCAAAAGUAAGGAGAGUGAUAAAUUUAAAUUUUUUAAAGGAUGAAUCCGAAAAAAGACCAUUUUUUUCAGAUAAAGGAUAAAAUUUAUAUGAGUUUGUAUAUAAUUAUUACUAGUGAU